AUGUUGAUAUGCUUGAAUCUACACAGUAAUGUUAAAUCGAAAAUACCAACGAAGUCUACCACUUUACUGGUGCCGUCUAAUGCACUUGAUAAAACGAACACGGCUAGGCCGUCGUCUCUUUCAUUGAAAAUCUCAAAUGAAAAUGAAUCUAAAGUAAGCUUGGGUCCCCCGGAUACUGGAAAAGUUUUGAAAAAGAACAUUUCUAAGGCCAGUUUCUCGUCGAAUAAUUCCGGUAAAGCUACACCAAGAAAUCAUACCGCCCGCGGUCAUUUACCAACAGGUAUUAGGCGACGUAGUGCGAGUACAAUGUCUGGGUGUAGCUCUCAUCCAUUCAGUAAGGAAAAUAGCGAUGUAACUCUCGCACCUAUACCAAAAAUUAAAUCAAACUCCGGUGAUCAUGAGAAUUUCGCUUUAACACCCCGCGAACGGGUCAACGAGAAUAACAAAUUGAAAGCUUUUGAAAACAUGGAAAAACGCUUAAAUGACAUUCAAAGUGAAUUCUGUCAAAAGCUAGAAUCUUUGAAGCUGAAUUCAUCGGAUAAACUUAAAGGCACUUACAAAUUUAUAUCCGUGGUGCGUAACGAUAAAUGCGAACUGUUGGUCAAUGAAGAGCAUAUGAAGAAAGCACCGAAAGCGUUGCCCGCUCAUUCGAUUGGUGAAUUUAAGGAACGUGUACGGGGAACCCUUAGUAAGUGCGUUCAAUCGGUAUUCGAUUAUUACAAAGACUAUCAUACCCUCGAUGAAGAAGGUCAUGGAGAGAUCUAUGAAAAACUUCAGAAUACCACCUUAAAGGAGUUAAAUGCUUAUCUGGAUGACUUAUGCGAUCCAAAUCAUGAGCCCGCAAACUAUAGCACCGACGUUCAAAUUGUGAAAAUGCAAAGAGAAUUACAGGAAUGCAAUAAGUCAUUGAAAAUGGCCGAUAAGAAGUUAUCAGACGCGCAAAAGGCUUAUGACGAUAAAGUUCAUGAUUUGGAAAUUGAGUUCAAGGCAAAAUGCCAAGAAGAUAUUACCACAAGAGAUCUUCAAAUAUCGGAGUUGCAAAAGAAAGAGAAAGCAUUGGAAAAGCAAAAUGAGAAUUUAAGAAACGAAAAGCAAGUUUUAGAAGAUGAGUUGGAAAAUAAUACAACAAAUGUUUCAAAUAUGACCAAAAAGCUUAGCCAGUUGGAAUUGCAUUUGAAAGGUGAAAAGGACAUUUUAGAGGAGAAAGCCGAGUCCUUAGCGAAAGAACUAAAUGCAGCUCGCGAGCAACUCGAUGACGUUAUGAAAGAGAAACAGGAUUUAGAAUUAAAUGCAGGUCAACUACUUCAAGAGCAACAAAGCGAUAUUGAGAAAUUAAAAAAUAUUAUAGAGCAAUUGGGAAUCGAAAAGGGAGCCCUGGAAGAUCAGCUCGCAAUGUUGGAAAAGGCAUGUGAUGAGAAGACCGAAAACUCAACCUAUCCUAAUAUGAAAAGGCAACUGCAAGAGUCCGAGGAUCGCGUCGUCGAAUUACAGGAUUCGUUGGAAGCUAAUGAAAAAUUAAAAGAUAUCAAUCAAAAUCAAUCGAAAGAAGCGCAAAUGGAGGUGGCUAAACUGCGUCAGUCGGAAGCGGAGAAACGUCGAGAAAUUGAGAAACUUAAAAUCGAAUUGUCCAAAGCCCAGUACAAUGGGGUGCAAUUGGAGGAGCAAGUGAAACGCGAUCAACAGCUAUUAGAUGUUCGUAGUAAAUUAAUUAAUUCGCUGCAAACCAAUGAGAAAGAUCAACGCAUACAUACGGAAGGGCUUUACGCUCAAGUUGCCGAGAAGAAUAACAUCAUUAACGAGCUUAACAACGAACUUAGAAUCAAAUCGGAAGAAUUUCGUAAUUUAUUUACAACAAUAAGUGCGAAACAAAUGGAAUUAUCGAAUCAGGAACAUAUGAUUAAAUUAUUAGAAGAGAGUAAUGAUCGCAGUCAAAUGUUGAGAGUUAAACAAGAAGAGAAAAUUGGUCGGAUGGAGGAAGAGAUCGCUCAUCUCAAGCAAACUAUGGCCGCCUAUCAAAACAAUGUUCUAUCCAGUAAUAAUACCAAUAAUACCUGUAAAAGUCAACUCUUUGCACCUGUGACACCUAGAGAUAAAUACAAUGAAAAUUAUCACUAUUACACCAGUCAGCGCAAACGUAAACGUCAAGUGGAUAUAAGUGUCAAAAAGUAUGAAAUAUAA